AUGAAUUCUGAACAAGUUUGCGUCGUUUGUAUCUUUGAAGGAAGUCUUUCCGCUCGCAAAGAAACCAUUUCAGUCACGAGCAGUGAUAGUGCAAUAUCAGCCAUUAUACAAGCUUGCGAAGCUAUUAAAGCAAAGAUCCAACAAUACACAUUCGACCAAAUAAGCAUAAAUAACACAGAGGUUCUCGAUGCCAUCUAUAAUGCAGAGAUUUUGGUCAUCGAUAUUAGUGGUUGCAAAGAAGUAUCAGCUUUACUUUAUCACCUCGGUGUGCGCGAAAGCAUAAAAUCGACUGUUAAUAUAGUAUUAGUUCGUGCAGAUGAUUUCGAUCUUAUUAAAAGUCUUCCGGCUUUUGAGGAACCCAAUCUCAUUCUGCCCUAUGUAACGGAUGAGGAAAGCCGCGCUCGCUAUGUGGAUACUGAUCGGCUAAAUCUACUAAAUGGUGAGGUCGCAAAUGUUAAGUCAAAAAUCAUCAGCUCACUUCCUAUGCUAACCUCGAGGUUGAAGGAAGUCUUCAGAAAGGCUCAAAAGGAAACAAGAUAUCAUCUUACAUGCCAGUUUGUUAAAGAAUUGCGAUCUGAUCGAGAAAUGCUUAAAGAUGAUGAACUGCGUGUGAAGUUGCGAAAAAUGCGUCGACGCUUAGAUGAUCCACGUCUCCUCUCAUCUGACAGUCUUCUUAACAUGUUUCUCUCGUACUUGCGCAUUGAGGCCCUUGAGGAUGCACUUUAUGGUGGUGAAAAUCUGCAAUGUCAUCAUUGCAAUGGAAUGUUCUUUUUUUCUCUUCAGGCUGAGGAUUUCUUGAGUAGGAAUGGGGUGAUUGAGACCUGCAAACAACCCUUUCCUGACCUUUACGGUCUUGAGGGGAGGAUAUACAAGGACCGAUUUGUGGAAUCCAACUGUACAGACAGGGAGUCUCUUGAAAAGGCCAUCAAAAGUUACCGGAAAGGCUUCCAGGAAUCUUCUAGCGACUAUCUUGGAAUUAAUCUCGCCACUCUACUUGUGAUUGGUGGUGCAGAUAGAAGCAACAAGGAACUGGCCACUAUCUGGACAAAAUGCAGGCACAUCGGUGUUCAAAUAUCUUCCAUUAAUAUCAUGCCUACCGUACUGAGACAAACCGCUGCAGAUCUUAUUGAAAAUGAAUAUUUCGCGUCGUUUAACGUUGCCAUGGCAACGGAGUAUUCUAAGUCUUAA